AUGCCGCCCCUGUGGUUCGCAAGCGCCGACGGCGGCGUCUCCCUCAAGGACUGCAUCCCGAAGGUCAGCCAGAUCCUCGAGGUCGAGGCGCACGGCGACUCGCUGAACCCACAGGGUCACUUCCUGGGGCAGGUCGACGACGUCAACCACCAGGACGACCAGUACUGGGUCAACCUCAACGUCUUCGCGGUCGAGCACUGGUUUUUCAGCCCGAAGGGGUACCAGAACCCAGGCUGGUACCACUUGUGCCAGGUCCCCCUCAGCCGCUGCAAGGAGAGGCGGCCGAAUGGGGACGGGGGCGAGAAGACGCUGCAUGCGGCUCGCUGGAGGACGGUUUCAAUCGACGACCUUCGCGACAAGAAGGUUGGCUGGGCGGCCAAGGGAACCGCCAAGAUCAAGGUCGAGCAUUUCCUCGCCGCCCAGACCAGCGAGGCCCCUCCGCAGCAGCACGUGGACGGCCAGGGCAGCCAGAGCGCGCGCCUCAUCGAGGGGGCCGGCGAUCCUGCGCCUCGCGACGGGAGGCUUCGGCAAGACCCGCGCGAUCUAGCCCGAGAUUUGGACGAGGGCGCAGGCGAAGCUGCCGUUUCAGCAGACCGCCGGAGAGCCAAGAGGGGCAGGGAGGGGGAGAGGAAGGAAGGAAGAGCAGAGGGGAAGGCCAGGAAAGCCAAGCCCUUCGAAAGCGCCCUGGCCCGGCUCCGGCCAGCCGCAGACGCCGCUGCCGGGGCGGGAGGGGCUGGUCCUUCGAAGGGCACCCCUCCUGAGAGAGCCGAGGCUUCGCGGUCAAAGGGACGCGGCCGCAAGAAGAAGAAGAAGAAGAAGAAGAAGAAGCAGGAGCCGCAGGCGAAGGCGUCGUUCUACGAGCCCUUCUUGCGGGAGCAGUUCCAGUUCAAGCGAAUCCGGCCGCUGGCCCACGCCAGGGACCACCCGGGUUAUCUCGCCGCCCGGGCCCUCCAGAAGAUGGAGGCUCAGGUCACGAAGGACGGCGGGGCGACCUCCGACGACGAUCCAGCGAGGACGCCAGCAGUGGCGCAGGCGUACUACUUGAGGGUGCUCAAGACGACCUACCCCAACAUACCGCUCCGCACGGCCCGCGAGCUCAAGACGCUGUGCGUGCUCGCCGAUCGCCUUGCUGCGCGGCGCCCGGCUCAGGCCGCAGACAUAGCCCUUCAGCGUAUCAUGGCGUGCGAGAAGAGCCUCUCGGAGGGGGGGCCCUGGGACCGGGCCCAGUUUUGCGAGCUGGUGGAGCCCGACGGCGCCACGCUCAUGGACCAGGACUUGGAGUGCAUCGCGACGAAAGAGGCCGAUCUCCAGCGGCGGCAAAGCCUGCUUGCAUUGCCGCCGUGCCCGGCGGCCUCCCUUGAGCCGGCGGCGGAGGCCUGCCCGGCGGACCUGGCCAGCGCUCUUCCCGACGUUGCGGCGCAGCUCAGCGAUUGGCAGGCGGCUUUCGCUGCGGACCUCCGGGAGCGCCGCUCCACAGGGGUGGGGUUGACGAGGUUGCGCGGGAGAUUGCUCGCAUUGCCUUCGGCAUUUGGCCGCUUCCAUCGUGAGUCGAAGCUCGCGGCAGGCCGUUUCCUUUCGGACACCCCGUCCAGUUCCGUCUCCCGUGACCUCUUCCCGAUUCCGCUGGGCGCAGCUCUCGCUCGAGCUCUCCGUGGAUGCGUGGCCCCUGCUCCCCAUGAGCGUCAGGGCGCCGAGUCAGUUGUCGUUGAGCUGAUGGCGUCGGGGUUGAACUUCAUUGCCCUCGCCGGCUGGGAGGCGAGGCCUAUCCCGGCAGACUUUGGAAACGAGCUCACAAAGGGCCAGGAGGCCGUGGUCAGGCACCACCACAGGUCAGCGCAGCAGUUCUUGGAGUGGGGCACCGGGGAGGUCAGCUUCGAGGCGGCGAUGGACGAGCUCAUGCACUGCCGGGUUGACUACAGCGGUGCCGUGGUGUCGAAGCGCAGGCAGCUCACCGCGGAGGAGGUGCUUGUUGCGUGGCCGGCCCCGGGGAAAGCUGCGAUCGCCCCGGUUGUCGCAGUGCUCCAGGGGGAGCUAUUGGAGGACGUGCUCAACCCCUUCCGGUGCCUCCGUCCCCGCGAGGAGUGGCCGGACGAGCCCCCUCGCUCCAGGGUGCACGUUUCGGAUUCCGAAUGGUACCUUAUAUGCCGGGAGGCUCUGGAUCGCGGCAUCUUCGUGGAGUGCCCUGAAUCCGAAAUCUUCCGCGACCAGGGGAGUGGAAUGGUGCUCAAUGGCGCGAUGGGCGUGGACAAAUAUAAGGGCAACGGCCCUGGCGCCCAGCACCUGCUGCGCUUCAUCUCCAUUCUGUGCCCUGCGAACGCUUACCUCCGGAGGCCCCGUGGUGCCAGCGAUGCGCCCCCUUACUUUGGUCAGAUGACGCACGUCGACCUGGCCGAGGACGAGUACCUCAUCGACGACGGGCAGGACCAGGAGGGGUGCUUCAACAUCUUUUACCUCCCUCCGGCUUGGCGAGGCUUCUUUUGCUUCGAAAAGCGGGUUCCCCGCUCCGUGAUGGGCGGGGACCCCAACUCCAUGAUGUACGUGAGCAUCGCCACGGUUCCCAUGGGCUGGGCGGGGGCCGUCGACCUUAUGCAGGUGGUGAUUCGCAAGCUCGUUUUCGAGGAGGCCGAGAUUUCACCGUCGACGGAGUUCCGCAAGGAUCUCCCGCUGCCGCAGGGGCCCGCGCACUCGCUGGCAUGCCUUGACGGGUUCGACUUCCUUCAGAAGGUCAACAGACAGGCGUGCGAGGCCCGCGAGCUCGACGAGUCCCUGGAGGCGAAGAGGUUCGCGAGAGUGCGCGAGAGGUGGGACAUUCCGCUGAACGAGGGAAAGCGCCUCACCCAGUGCCUACGAGCCGGUGCGCUGGGCGGCGCUUUCCUCGGCGACCGAGAUUGGCUUUCCCUCCAAGGGGAGAAGAUGCACAAGACGACCCAGAAAGGGUUGGCAUUUGCCGCGCUGCUCUCGUGGACUGCUGGUGCCCUGGGCCAUUUCGUGGGGGCGGCGUGCUUUGCGGGUCAGUUCUGGCGGCCGUUGUUCAGCAUCUUGCAGGAGGUCUUCUUCGAAUUUCGUGCUCUGGAAGGCGGCCGGAAAGCUCCCGACCUGGAGGCGUUCGACGAGGUCUUGCUGUUCACCAUCCUCCUCCCGCUGGCGUACUCCAACCUGCGAGCGCCUAUGCGUCGUAGGUUGAGCUGCGCGGAUGCCUCGGAAGAGGGUGGUGCAGCCUGCGAGGCGUCUGCGCUCCUCGAGGCGAUGGACCCCAGGCGCAGCCAUAUGGUGGAGAGCCAUUAUGCAGGCCUGGCGGAAGAGUCCGCGUGGCCAGUCUUAGGCCGAGGUGCUUGCGGGAAUUGCCAGGGUCCUUUGAGUGGAGGCUCAGCUGAGCAGGCGCCAUGCCCUGCCUUGUGUGGCGUCGUGCUCUGUUCGGUCGAGUGCGUUGUCGCUCAUCGCCGAGGCCCGGGCUGUCGUCGCGGUGAUCUUCGGCUCCCAGCGUUCGCCGAAUGUUGCUCCGGUUCCCACGGUAAGCUGGCCUGGGCGGUGGCUCGGGCCGGCGCCGAGAUUUCGGCGCCGCUGGGCGGGCAGCUGCGCCCGUUCGCCGACGCGCAGGCGCUGGGCCACGGGAACUUCAUCUGCGACGAGUGCAACCACGAGUCCGUCGCUUGGGAGCAUUGGGCACCAGAGGCGUGGUCUUUCAGGCGCGCUCCACAACCAGUCCGGGACCACAGGCAUCUUUGGGGGCCCAGGGGCUUGGAGGGCCAGGUGAAGAAGCAGGUCGAUGCCUUCAACAAGAUGGCCAUGCUGGCGCUCCGCCGGGUGGAGUGGCGGCUGAAGAACUACGGCUUUGGGGUAUUGGCGCACCCAGUCGACAGCUGGUUACGGGAGCUGCCGCUGAGCAGGAGGCUGUUCCGCUACCCCGGGGUGUGCUUCACCGUGCUCUGGCCGCACGGUCGCGGCGGAAGCCGGGCGGAGGGGAUGGCCCUCCUCCACAAUUCCCCGGCGCUUCACUCCGCGCUCCACCGCCCAGCCAUGGAGCACGAGGCUGUGCGACCCAGCAUCGGGGCCGGCACCUUCAUGGAUCUUGCGCACCCCGAGGGCAUGUGCCGUGUCUACGCGGAGGUGAUGUUGAAGGAGUUGAAGGAGUUCGAGGCGACCCGCCCCCUGGCGGCACCAAGCGAAAGGGCUGUCUGGAUCCGUUGCGAGCUCAGUCUUGCAACGCAGCGGCUGUCACAGGGAAGCGCACGUCUUUUGGCUGUCCAGCGCAUUUUGGCGAUGACGGCUACCAUGGAGCCCGGGCGCGAGGCAAAGCACUUGGCAUCGUUGCUCCAGCUGGUCGACUAUCGCGGCGCUGACGUCCGUCUGGAUACCGGCUACUCCACCGAGGGCCGCCAGGGCCUUCCGCAUCCAGCUUUUUGUUGGCGCUGGGAGACCACGCGGGCAUAUAAGUGGGUCGCCCCGCAGCACAUCAACGUUUUAGAGUUCGUGGCAGUGCUGAACUACUUCAG